AUGGAUGGCGCCAGUAACGACCAUCACUCUGACUUGAAGCAUGGACGUCCAGCUCCUUCGAAGAAGCCUCAAGCUGUGCACAGUAAUGAGCACGUGCGGCGGAAUCGCAUGAACAUGGAGAAGAUGAUUAUGAAGAACGUAGCAGCCUCACGCAAUAGCACCAAGAAUCGCGCCCAACAGAUUGUUGAAGCGUUGAAGAAGAAGCGACAGCUGGAAGAAGAAACACCAGACGAGACGGACCGACAAGCGCUCAAGAAGAACAAGACGUCGCCUCCACCGAGCGACGUCACGACUAGAACUGCCGUCGUCGCAGGCUUAUUGUCCCCUGUCCGACGCGCUGUAAUUGGAGCAGCUCCGGCUUUUUCAAGUCCUACACGGCGUCAGAAGUAUCCGCUGAACUUGAAAAGCCCAACGUCUCUUCAUUUAUCGAGUCCAUUACGACCACCGAAAAAUCCGGUACUGGCUAGUCCAGCGAGACCCAAAAGGACGGGAACUACAGCCAGUCCUUUGCGACGUAGUGAGUUUCUGACGAGUCCAUUGAGACACAGAGCUUCUGCGUCACCCAAGCGACCACUGAUGUUUGAGGAUAAUGCAGUCGUAGCAGAUGUUACUGCGUCAAGGAAGAUUAAUGGAUAUCCGCCGUUAUUGUCGUCAGCAUUGGAACAAGUGGAAGUUGCACCAGCUGUUACGAUUAUGAAAGUAACAAAGACGGCCAAGUCGCCGUUCCAAUCAUUUCAGGCCAAGGUGAAACAAUCACCUGCUAGGCCUACGAAGAAAGUGUGUAGCCCAGGACGACGGACAGUGUCUACACGAGCAGAAUCUACGGUGAUUGUGCCUGGUAGUGGCCCCGCGGUAUUGGAUCUUUCGCAGUCAGGUGAUGAUGUACCACAACACACGACGGCUACAAUAACGACAAGCUCGUCGCUUAUAGCUAAUGCUUUAUGCACUGCUGUUGCUAGUAGCAGUGCCGAUCCGACGUCUUCGGUACCAAGUAGCUUGGAUGAACUGCCUCUUAAUUCUCCGACACAGUGUCUUAACCCGAUGCGCAAGUUACUAUCCUCCUCCCGCCCCGUUGUUGCCCAGCGAUCAAUCUGCUUUUCAAUGGAAGGUGUAGCGACGGCGCUUGAUGUAACGCCGGACGGAGAGACUGUUGUGGUUGGCUUUAUGGAUGGUUCAGUCCGUCUAUAUGAAAUGGAUAGUAGUGUGCCCAGUGACCGUUAUGGGUAUUUGCUGGGUCACAUUGAUGAACAGUCUUCGCAGGGCUCACACAAUGUACACUUGCGAGUAAAAAUUGCCCCUGACGGUCGCUAUGUUUUUGUCGGCUGCCGACAAGGCCCACGCGUUGUCAUGAGCAUCAAUUUGGAUAAUUACCGAAGCGAAAAAAAUGGCGACGAUGACGACUUUCAGCAAUUUCAGAAGCAUUUCCAUUCUAACGGCAAACUUCGGGGCUUUGCUGAUGUGACCACGUAUGUACCACCUGCCGAUAUGUUGCCUAAAGAGUAUCAAAACAGCAGAAGGAAAAGAUCUGCGUAUUACAUUCUGACUGGUCUUGGAGUUGGAAAUUUGAAUUUGUGGCGCUUCGUGGAGCCGGAACGACAUCAGCAAGAACCCAUCUGGAACCACUUGCAGAAUUUUUUCGCUGGAGGUAACACAGCAAUGACGGGGAGUUUUUUGCCGUCAAGCAUUUCUCCUGGCGUCUUGACCAUUGCAGCGGUUUGUAAGGACAAAAACCUACGUGUCUGGCCGCUGGAGUUCAAAAAGACGUGUUCCAGCUCAAUAGUGAAGAGCAACAAUGAUCACGUUGCAGAAAUCGAUGCUACAAGCUAUCUUGGUGGUAAUCACACAGUGACUACUCAUUUUAGCAUUCCGAAUACCUCGGAUAUCAUCGCUGUCCACGGUCAGUACGCAUAUGGUAUUUCACUUAUGGGUGAAGCAUACCGAAUCUGUUUUCCAGACUCACCGAGCUUUAGCACUUGUAAACGAUUGCCUCGCCAGGAGUUUGAGCUGGAAAAGAUUGGUGGCGGUGGGGGCGGUACGUCGCGUCGAUCCAACAUUAUGCUUGAAUCACUAUCGGCAAGUGAUGACGGAAAGGCUAUCAUUGCCGUGUCUACGGAGGGCAUUUUUUACUACUCAAACAAGCUACCUGAUGUGGGCUCUAGUGAGGUGGCAGAGCUGCGCAUCAUUGGCAAGAAUGCCUCGGAAAAUACGUUGUUCAAGACGCCGAUGAAGGUAUAUACGCCGCUCAUCAUGUUGAACGGUAAGAAAACGCAGUCUGAAGCAAUGAUGGCCGUGGUGACAAAUCCAAGUAACGAGGAUAUUGAGAAAAAUGACGGCUAUAUAAACGUUGACCCUACGGAGAUUUUUGCGGCGCGAUGGAUGGUUCCGAGUCGUGGGAAUAAUUGCUGGGUUUGUGGAGUCCGUAACUUAAGCCAUUGGAUAGGACCACCUAUGUCAAAAACUAAGGAACCAAACCGUGUACAGUUGGCAGCUGAUCUAAAAGAAAAGUGCAAGGUCCAGCGUCGGCGAGAGAGAGCUCUGAAACGAGCUAAGGAUACCUCUAUGCAACAAAAAAACUGCAGUAACUCUGACGAUCAAGAAACGCAAGUGUCAAAUAGGACUAAAAUGACGCCCUUGUCAAGCGCGAAAAAGGCUGUGACGCAGAAACAGACAGAUGCCCACAAUGAUGCUAGUAGUGGCUCGGGGGCAGCUCGAUCACAAUCUGGCAAUAGUCGUCAAAUCGGUAGUGUUGACGAUGUCGGCGACGGCGACGAAGACUACACGGGUAGCGAUGAUAAUACUCAGUCUGUUGCCUCGCUUGUUAGUGAACUUGAGCAUCUUAAGAAACGCAAUGCAGAGAUUAAGACUGAGUGGCAGCGACGGCUACAGGGAGAGCGGCAACUGCGUCGCAAGUGGAAGCAGCGCGAAGACGAGUUUCUUGAUCAGCUCAAUGAUUCACUAAUCAAAUUGGAUGCUGCAGAGGUGGAAGUAGAUCGGCUUCGAGUGCUGUUGUGCGAUGCAGAAAAGCGCUUUGCGUUCGAGAAGGUGCGCGUGGAGCAAGACAACUCUGUGAAGUCACGGUACGAGCAGCUCUGUGAGCAUAUGAACGAUAAGAUGGCACUUGUAGCCGACCAAAAGCGCUUGCUCGAGCAGACAACUCGCAGCCUGCUUGCAGAAGUGGACCGUAACGUUCAUGCACUAAAGAAUGCCGUGAUUCUGGAGAAGAGUGAGUGUGUGGUGUGCAAGGAUCAGCAAGCCGUGACUGCCGUCGUGCCUUGCGGCCAUAUGUGUUUCUGUGAGAAGGAUGCUGAAACGUAUCGCCACAACUGUACGUUCGAAUACCCCACGUGCCCCAUUUGUCAGCAGGAAAUUGUCUCGCUCCUUCGAGUUUACACGUGA